AUGCAAACCAAUAGGUUGGACACCCUCGAUAUGUGUUAUGGAAAUAAGCAAGACCCCGCUAGCCUAUGGUCCAAGGAAGAAUACACGGGCAAAAACGAGUUGCGUCAUGCUAACCCGGGCAGGGUAGGACAAGAUGUGCUAGAUGGGCAGGUGCCGGAGGAGAUGGCCAUGACCAUCCGCACUGAGGCAAAAACGGCACUGAAAAGCAGUCAAGACUCGGGAGGUUUUUACAGAGGCAAGCCAGAGAUUAUUUGGCCCGAGGUAUGGAACGAAGGGCCUCAAAAGGCGGAUAAGAUAGUUCUCGAGUCGCCAGACCUACGACAAUGGAAUCUAUCCAUAACGCACGUUUACGCUUCUUGCCCAGGAACAGAGCCGGGCUCCGCAAGGAUCCGAUGCGUGUGGGACAAUAAGGAUAAAGACUUCUAUGCAUGGUCCGCGAUCACCUUGGCUCUUGGUGCCACGUCAAGCUCAACGAUUGUCCUGCCGCUCACCCUAACGUCUUAUGUGAAAGACACGGGCUCUGUAAGUCUGAGACAAUCAGACAGCAAAACCGUUACCCAUAAAUGGAGUGGUCGUGUCCCUCCAGUCUAUAAACAGACGGACACAUCGCUUUUUCCACAACCGCGGGCCAUGACGGUGCAUGCCGCUCCAGAGGCGGAACAGGAGCGCGCACGACUGAGACAACGCAUGAAAUGGGCCGACUUCCAACCCACGGGUUUUUAUCUAAAUCCGGAAACGCCUCUUAUAAUCACGGCUUCCGGGAUCGAUACAAACCCGUUGAAACCAGUCAUCUUGGUUGGUACACCAGCAUUAGUGCACCCCGACCACCGAAACGAGCUGAUGCCUGCCCAACUGGAAGCGUCCAAACCGUUGAAGAACGGUGUCAAUACCAUUUCUAGUCCCUCGGGCGGCAUCAUCUAUAUUCGCUAUGUUGAGCGAGCCGGCCAGGGCCGACGUCCCAUCACUGUUUCGCUCGGCAACACGGCCCAACCGUUCCCUCUAUUCCGCCCAGGUGAAACAACCAACAACCAGUGGAAAGCCAUGCUUCAUGCCACCAAGGUACCAUUCGCUGAACAGAGCGGUAACCAUGUUAUUAUCACCGGGCUGGCGGCUGAUGCGAAAAUCUACGCAGACAAGGGGCAACAACAAGAGGCAUUAUUGUACAUGUACAGAGACAUUAUUGGCGCUCAAGACAAGAUUAGUAGCCUGAAUACUGCAGAACAGAGCCCGCGGGACAAACCUAGUUUGCUGCGACCGAUGGUGGUGCAAACUAAGGAUGGAGUGAAUCCAAAUUCAGCGCACUAUCGCGCCGCCAUUCCUUCCAAAUUGCAUCAAUGGGUCUGGUGGCACCCGUCGGUCCGCUGGUCGUGGAUGAUUUGGCAUGAACUAGGACACCAUCGCCAGCAUACUGAUACAUGGAGCUGGAGAGCCGUAGGCCAGAGUACGGCCAACAUAUACAGUCUUGCUGUUGGGCGGUCGCUGAAAUCCUCCGGUCGCUCCUUGACAGAAUGGUACAAAGCCAAGCAAUAUUUGGCGCUGGCUCCCGACAAGAAGGUAUUCGACAACGCGGACGUAUUUACGCAGCUUAUUAUGUUCGAACAAGUCGGUGUCGCGUUUGGCGGAGACGGCUUCUAUCAUGAAAUGCACAAGCGCUCCCGCGCCGGACCAACCCAAGCCACCAAUGCUGAUGCUAAGCAUUACUUUAUGACUCUGGCUGCGCAAAUUGCCAAGACGAAUCUUUCUGUCUAUUUCACAAAAUGGGGACUCAAGCCUGAGCCACGCACCCUGAAGGAAAUGGGCAAACAACCCUCUCCUACCAAAGAUUACACUACCGUGCCCGUGUAUGGGGGGGAGUAA